AUGCAGACUCCGAUUUCCAACGUGUCCGCCAACAGGAGGUACCUGUCGAUCUUCUUCGCUGGUGCCACCCUCCUCCUCCUCCUUGCCACGGUUCACGUCUCGCGUGAGGGUGUGCCGGAGUCUAUCAAGCAAACGACAGGAUGGAAUAAUGGCGGCAGCAAUGGCCACACUUACAGGCCAGGACAUGUGUCUACCUACGGCGGCAAGCACGACAAGCGGCCGACAUUCGCCGACCUGGCCAAGGACUCCGGCACGGACAAGGUGACGGACCACAACUACGCCGUCCUGUACGACAAGUACCUCCCGGCCUUCCGCGACAGCCACGUCAAGAUGCUCGAGAUCGGUCUCGGCUGCGGCAUGUCUUACGGUCCCGGCGCCUCGUUCUCGACUUGGAUCCAGUACUUCCCCCAGUUGGAGAUCAACAUCAUUGAGUAUAACGAGGCUUGUGGCAAGGCAUGGGCUGCCGAGCAUCCUCAGGCGGCCGUCCACUUCGGCGACCAGGCCAACCCGUCGUUCCUCCACGCAGCGGGUGCCGCUGCCACGGCCGAUGGUCUGCUAGACAUCCUCAUCGACGAUGGCGGCCACAGCAUGCGACAGCAGGAAGUCAGUCUCCACGAGCUGUGGCAGUACGUCCGCCCCGGCGGUAUCUACAUCAUCGAGGACCUACACACCAGCUACUUGACCUCGUGGCAGGGCGACCCAUCCAGGACCGACGCGACGAAGCGCACCUUCAUGCGCUUUCUCUAUGAGAUUAUGGACGACAUCAUGAGCCUGCCGGCGUACGAGGCUCAUGUUGAACCCGUCGGUGCCACCAAAUACCCCUUCUCGCAUGAGAUUGCGAGCAUCGACUGCAUGGAGGCGAUGUGUGUGUUGGUCAAGAAGGAGAUUGGAGCGCGAUAA